UGAGGUGAAAGUGGAAUAUUCUCCAAUUAAUGUAAGGUAGUAAAGUUGGCCAUUUUGCAUGGUGGGAAGGGAUGAGGAAUCUCAUGUACAAAACAUUUUUUGUGCCAAAAUUAAUUUGGGCAAAAGCAUUUUCUUUUUCAACUUUAAGCCCUUUUUUUUUCGAUAUUUAUCUUAAAUUGAGAAUACAUAUAUUCUUUGACAUAUUGUUUUGAAGUUCUUUGCUUUAAAGCUAGGGGAGUCCUCCCUCUCUUCUCUUUGUGGGGGUUCAAGAGAAGUGAGCAUAGGGGGAGGUAGAGGAGAGGUGAUGCAAGAGAGGAAGGUGAUGGACAUCAGUUUGAAGGACCUCUCUAUGAAACUUGAAGAAUUUGCCAAGGCUAGAGAUUGGGAAAAGUACCACAGCCCUAGGAACUUACUCCUUGCUAUGGUUGGUGAAGUGGGAGAGCUAUCAGAGAUAUUUCAAUGGAGAGGAGAGGUAGAUAAAGGCUUACCAAAUUGGGAAGAAUCAGAGAAGGAGCAUUUAGGGGAAGAGUUAUCUGAUGUGCUACUAUACCUCAUUAGGUUGGCUGAUAUCUGCGGCAUUGAUCUUGGUGAUGCCGCCUCCAAGAAAAUUGUCAAGAAUGCCAUCAAAUACCCACCCAAGCUUUUCUAAUUGUUAACAAAUGUUGCACUAGGAAAUUUUGUUUGGUGAGUGAGAAAAGUGAUUUUGUUGAAAUACCCAUUUCAAAGAAAAUGUUGUUCUUAUUUCUGUGGAAAUACUUAUGAGGUGUCUACCGAAGACCUUAUAAUUUGUGUGUUUUGUAUCACUUUGGUUUUUUUUUGGUCCUGAAACAAUAAAAAACAGAACACCAUUGAAGCUUGUA